UCUCUCUCUCAUUUUACAAUUGACCCCUGAACUGGUUUUAACAACAUCCUUUUCUUGAGAUAUCAGGUUGUCAGGUAUGCAGUGUCAGACACACCCUACCCAGGGGUUACCAGGUGACCAGCUCAAACACAUUCUACAUUGUGUACUAUCAAGGGAGCUGCUACUGACACUAUUUAAAGAUUUGCUUCCAAGAGGAAAAAUGUCACAGGAGGCAAUGAUGCAGCUUACUAAACCCCACUCUGAUAAGUCUAAUUUCCUGGAGGGUAGACUGACCAAUCAGGAACGCAUCAUGGCCAAACUGCUGGAGCAGGCUUUCCGUAUUAAGGAUGAGGUCGUUGCCAGCCUGCACGCCACCCAAGGCUCCGUCCAAUCAGAGGCCCUGUCCCACAGGCUGCUGGAGAAUCACAUCCAGACCAUCACCCAAAUCGUGAAGCAACUGAGCAAAGAUAUCGAGGUAUUGGAAGGCCAGAUCAUCCAAAGGGACGGCAUCACCUCAGGGACCAGUUUUGCUGUCCAGAGCCUGGAUCACAAGAACCUGGCGGGGAUUGGGGACCUCCGAGGCAGGGUUGCCAGAUGUGACGCGAGCAUCGCCAAGCUGUCUGGUGACGUGGCCGCUGGGGGCGCUGAGAUCCAGAAACUCCACCAGGAGGUCCUGGAGGUCCGGGCGGGUGUGGAGGUCCAGCUGAAGGAGACAGAGCUAGAGCUGACCAAGACCGAGAAAAGGCUGGAAGCCUUGCUGUUGGAGCACAGCGGAAGACUCAGGAAGACACAAGGAGACCUGCAGAAGGAGACACAGCUCCUCAGCGUCAGGACCUCCAGUGGGCUGAAGGAGCUGGGUGACAGGAUAGAAAGGUUAAAGGAGUGGGCGGAGCAACAACUGCUAAGCUCUGCGCAGACGCAGGUGCAGGGCAGUGAGCAGCUGGGCUCCCAGCUGCAGAACAGAAUGGAGGAGGUCGAGAGGAGGCUGCAGGAACAGGCGGAGCUGCUGUCCGCCAGGGUGGAGAAAGCAGAGCGACAGAUGGAGAAGGAACACAAAGCCAACAGGGUGAAGCGCUCAGAGGACAAGAUGGCCGCCCGCAUCGGUGCCCUGGAGAAGAGCCUGAGGGCGGAGCUGGACCUGAUCAGGGACGAGUACCACUCCGGGUUCCAAUCGAUCCGCGACGCGGUCGGCUCCCUCCGGCAGAUCGGAGACACCCAGGCCCGCAUAGACAAGGAGCAGCUGCAGAAGGACCUCAAGCGCAUCCGGAGGAAGAUGGUGGCGCUGCAAGACCCGUGAGCGCUUCGCCGCCAUCGACCCGGCCGCUCGCCCCCGCCCCCCGCAGACGCCGCGGCCGUGUCUUACCGUCAGGAGUAACGUCUGGCCCUCAGAUAACCAGACCGACCAGGUAGAAGCGCUACCGAACCGACAUGUCGAUCGAAUGCUGAACUAAAUUGAUCUUCAAAUGCGGAAGCUUUGCAGUUUUCACCAAGUACUUUACCAAAUUCAUCAGCACCAAAUGCCUUCACUUUGUAUUAAAUACCCGACAUUGUUUUCCCCAUAAUUUACUAUUCUGAGGCUCGGGUUCAAACUUGUGCAAAAACAAACUUGUGCAACAAUCUUUUAGCACAUAAUCAUGUUUGUCAUUGUGUGAAGAACAAGAAAAACAGAUGUGUGGUAAUCCUUCCCUGAUAAGACAAUCUGAUAUCUAAAAGUUACCCAAUCACUUCAUCGAAUUCUUACCGAAAGCUUCAAAUUUUUGAAUGUGCCGAAUAAAGUGUUUUAUUCAUUCCCCCACCUGAAA